AUGGAGAAUACUGUGGGAGCAACGCGUGAUUCGUCUUUUACUUGUGUUAUGGAGCUUGAUCGGCAAGGAGUGUCUUCAAUACCUCAACGCUACGUUCUUCCAUCCUCACAACAACCAAACCCUAAUGUUCAGAUCUCCAACACAAUUCCCAUUAUAGACUUAUCUUCCUUGCAGGAUCAGUCUCUUAGAUCUCGAACCUUGCAUGAUAUUCGAGCUGCUUGCCAAGAGCUUGGUGUCUUUCUGGUAAUUAAUCAUGGGAUUGAUCAAUCUAUAAUGGACGAUGCCCUGGAAGCUGCAACAGAGUUCUUUGACUUGCACAGUGAGGAAAAGAUGAAGUUAUACUCUGAAGAUGUUAACAAACCGGUGAGGUACGAUACAAGCUUUAAUCAUGAAAAGGAUAAAAUUCUUUGUUGGAGAGACUUCAUCAAACUCUACUCUCAUCCCCUGUCUGAUUGGAUCCAUUUGUGGCCUUCAAAUCCACCAAAUUACAGGGAGAAAAUGGGAAAAUUUGCAAAGGCCACACUAGUGCUACAAAAGCACCUGAGGGAAACAGUUUUUGAAAGCAUAGGGCUAAACCCUAAUUACUUGGAAGAAGAACUCGACGUCCAAGGCUCCCAAGUCCUGGCUCUAAACUGUUACCCAGCUUGCCCAGAACCAGAACAGACCUUAGGAAUCCUGCCUCAUUCGGAUUUCGGGUUGCUCACAGUGUUGCUCCUGACCGGACCGGGGCUCGAAUUCGAGGACAGUGCCCACAACUGGGCUAGGGUUCCAUUUGUUGAAGGAGCUUUGGUGGUGCAACUGGGAGAUCAAAUGGAAAUAGUAAGUAAUGGACUGUGCAAGAGUGUGAUUCACCGAGUAACUGUGAAUCGUAAAGUGAAGAGGCUCUCUAUCGGAAGCUUUCAUGGCUUUGGAAAAACGUCAAAGGUAGGUCCAGCACCAAAACUUGUGGAUGAUCACAGACCCAAGUUCUACAGCGAGUUCAGCUUUCAGGAAUAUCUCGAUUUCAUAUCUUCCAAGUCCCAUGACAUUUCAGAGGGAAGGUUCAUCGACACCGUCAGAGUGAAGCGCUAG